GGUCAUUCUAUCUACCCAGCUUGCCAGCUAGGCACAGGCCUGGCCUCAUAUUUCACUGGCACUCCAGGGCCAGGUGGCAAGGGAUCACUUUUGCUGCACACAAGCAAGACAACAUGCAGGAUCCAAACGAAGAUACAGAAUGGAAUGACAUACUAAGAGAUUUUGGUAUACUGCCUCCAAAAGAAGAGGUUAAGGAUGAAGUUGAAGAAAUGGUUUUACGUUUACAGAAAGAAGCAGAAGUGAAGCCAUAUGAAAAAAUGAACCUGAAACAACUCAAAGAAGCUGAAGAUGAAUUUGAUGAGGAAGAUAGAAAAGCAGUUGAAAUGUAUAGGAAACGACGUUUAGAAGAACUGCAAAAAGGACAAAGAUUUGGAGAACUCAGAGAAAUUUCUGGAGAACAGUAUGUGAAAGAAGUUACAAAUGCACAAAAAGGCGUCUGGGUUGUCAUCCAUUUGUACAGACCAAGCAUUCCGUUGUGUGUGUUAAUUAAUCGUCACCUCAGUCUACUGGCCACAAAGUUUCCGGAGACCAAGUUUGUGAAAGCCAUUGCAAACAGCUGUAUUGAAAAUUACCACGACAGUUGCUUACCUACGUUAUUUGUGUAUGAAAAUGGAGAGAUAAAGGGCAAGUUCAUUGGAAUCAGAGAAUGUGGAGGAACAUAUCUUACAGUAGAAGAACUUGAGUGGAAACUGGCAGAGGUUGGUGCUCUAAAAACCGAUUUGGAAGAAAACCCCAAGAAGGAAGUUGUGGAUAUGAUGACAUCUUCACUUAGAAAUGCCUCCAUAAAUGAUGUUUAGACAAACAUUAACAGGACGUGUAAAGACACAAACACUGUUUGAGCAGAAGAACACUUGAAGAAGCACCUGGCAUUUCCGCGUUUACGUUUGGCUGGAUUACUGCUUAAAUCAACACUGCUUAGGAAUAAGCAUAAGUAAAUAAAAACGGCACAAAUGCAACCCA